AUGGUUCAGAGUGAUUCAGUCUACAGUGGUGAGCAUGAUAGGAGCAACAGAGGCAGUGGAGGAGAUGAUCAAAACACAAGGAGAGAGUUGAAGGCUCUACAAGAUAAGAUGGAUUUGCUUCUUUCAGAUAGAGCCAAACAAGAGAAAGUAAACUUUGUUGGUGAACAGAAACAAGAGGAGACAAUUGUGGUUCAUGAAGUUGAUGGUCUAGAAGGUCAAGGAGAGCUAUGUUUCGUGAAUGCUAAUGGGACAUGGUACAAGAAGGAGCCUAACUUUCAGUACAACAACUACCAACAAAAGCCCUUCUACAAUAACCAACAAGGAGGUUACAAAGCUAGCCAGAACUACUCUCAAGGUUUCUCCUCCAAAGGAAAUCAGUCUACACAAGGCCAAGCCGGAUCUUAUACUCCUGCUCCACAAGAAAGUAGCACUAAUGCAAUGUUGAAACAGAUCUUGGAAUCCCAAACUAGAAGAAAAUCAGAGCAACACCCUAAAGAGUAUUGCAAUGCUAUCCACUCUACUUCUUCUGAGAUUGAGUUGAGUGAUCAUAUGAAAGAAGUAGAUGAGCUUGAAAGACUCUUGUAUGGAACAACAGUUGUUGCCAAGGUUGAAGCACAAAUUGUGGAGAAGGUUGAACACAAGAUUGUGGAAAGGGUGGAGAUAAAAACUGUAAAGAAGGUUGAGGAAAAGGUUUUGCAACCAGUUAGACACAAGGCUGCGAAACCAGUUAUUGGGAAAGCUGUCACGCAAUUGAAGGAGGUUCAGCUAGAAGAAGCUCAUGCGGCUGAGCAAUCACUUUAUGACAAGCUCUCAUUUCCACAAAGGUUCCUCACUAAAUCUCAAAAGAAGGUGAUCUCUAAGUUUAGAAAAGACAUUGGCGAUGUAGGAGUCAUGCUUUCACAGAUAUCGAAUAUGCAUGAUGCUCAUGUCCAAAUGAUACUCAUCAAGGACAUUCUAGCUCACAAAGAAGAAGUAGGAGAGCUCCUCGACAUCUCUACUAUGCAGCUUGAUCCACCAGUCACACCAAAGUUCCUUCCCAAACUAGAAACCCAAGGAGAGCUCCUCGACAUCUCUAGUGCAAGUGUGAAUGUGAUCUCAAUAGAGAUGGUGAAGAGUCUUGGGAUUGAAAACAUGGAGCCAAACACAUCUUUAUUAAUGCUUGGGGAUUCCUCUUCUACAACCCCAAUCGGUCUCAUCAAGGAAUUUUAUUUGAUGAUUGGAGCUUGCACCAUUCCUGUUGACCUCACUGUUUUGAAGAUGGCAACUGAGACGAGAGUCCCAUUGAUCCUUGGAACACCAUUUCUCACAACAGUAGGAGCUUGCAUUGACUUUGGCAAUAAGAAGGUCACACUUCUAAAUGUGAACAAAGCUAUCUCUUACCCAAUAAAGUCUCCUUUGAUGAAUGUGGACUAUUGUGGAACCGCUAUUUGUGGAGAACCUCCCAUUGAGAAGAUCAAAGAUGAAGUGAUGGCUAGUGAAAAACAAAUUCUUGAUGGAAAGUCAUCUCAUGAGAUGUGUGAUGAACAUUUGGAAAGUGCUAAAAUGGAGGAGGGGGGAAUCGAAGACUUCACCUCGAUAAAUUAUAACUACAACAUAAACCACUACAGUGCUUGA